AUGACAGGCUUAUCAGAGACAAUAGUUGAUAUACUUACAAUAUUGAAUAUUGACGUUGCACAACGCAAGAGCAUAGUUUCGACUGUUUCGCCAAUAAGACAACUUAAUCAUAGUUUAAGACGUCGUAGUCAUCAUCACCGUCAUAAGUCACGCACAAAUUCUCACACAAGAACAGGUGCAAGUGCAAUAUUUCUUAGAGAUAUUGAAGAAGGAAUUUUCAAUCAUAGUGCAGGAUUUAUUGAUGGAAGAAUUGAUAUUACAAGUCGUAAACAAUUCCUUGAAACACGUAUUCAUAAUCCACCGUAUCCGUGGUUACUUGUUUCACAUAGAAAAUUAUCAACUGAAAUAGCAAAUUCUCGUAAAAGAUUAGGAAUACUGAGAUAUGAUUUAUUAUUAACAUUCCAAAUGGUAAAUACCAUCGAUAAGAAAUUAUUAGAAAUAGAAUACGUCAAUUGGUUGUUAGACGAAAGAGCCAAAUGUAACAAAGCAAAAUGGAUGUUAAUAAAAGAUGAAAUGUUUUUCGAUGAUCUUCAAUCACCAAAAGGAGAGGCGGAAUCUAGAAGUAACAAUAAUGGUGAUAGUGAAGAUGUUAAUGUGGAUGAUGCAACAACAACGAGAACAAACAAAGAUGAUUCAUAUUAUAGAUUAAGAAGAUUCAAAUAUGAAAAUGAAUUCAAAUCGGUUAUGAGAUAUUGUUAUGAUGUCAGAAAACAAAUCGAAGGAUUUUCUAGAUAA